AUGGAUAAGCUUACCGCCCCGGAAGCGGCAGAACAACGGGGCUCCGAGCCCGCCCCGGCCACACCUGUCAACACUACUUCCUCUAACCAUCGUCUUCCUAGCCCUUCGACUUCUCUUCACGACCAUCUUCUUGACUCAAACUUCUUUAUUGAAUCAUACAACCGUCAAAGAAAAUCCAUCCCCAGUAUGGCUGACCGUUUCCCUUCCCUAGACGACUUCGCUGAGGGCCAAACCGAAGUAGCCGAUGUCCAGAGCACCACCGAUGACGACUUCCUUGCCCGUGAGCGCGCUGCGCUCGGUGAAGAUGCCGACCAAUUUGCUACUUCUCAAGACCACGUUGCUAGCGGCCAGAACGUAGGCGCGGACGACCUACUCGGCGCAGGUGACGAGCCCACUGAGGAGAUUGGCCAAUUCGAAUCAUCCUUCCCCUCAGUAGCGACACAGAACCAGAACGAGCGCGUUGCUCCGGGUGGCACAAUCACUGGCUCCGGCUCACCAUUCCCCCGCACCGGAUAUCAGAAUGCACAGGAACCCGAAGAUGAGGGAGAUGCUGUUCGUGAAUGGCGCGAGAAGCGCGAUGCUGAGAUCGCCCGCCGUGCAGAAAUCUCCGCCGAAAAGAAGGACGCUACCGUCAAGAAGGCACAGGAGGACAUUGACGACUUCUACGUUUCAUACAACAACAAGGCCGAUAAGAACCGCUCCCACGCCCGCUCCGAGGCUGAACAGUUCCUCGCCAACCGAGAGGACACUUCCGCUGGUGGCACCAGCUGGGAGCGCAUUGCUAAGCUGGUUGAUGUUUCGGGCAAGGGCUCCGCGGGCGGUGCCAGUGGCUCCGGAAAGGAGCGUUUCCGCGAACUGUUGAUCGACCUUCGAAAAGACCAGGAGGCUCCCGGAUCCAGCGGAAUCUAA